UCGAUAUAUGGUCUGUCGCAUGCAUAAUGGUGGAACUAAAGACACGGAAACCGCUGUUUUGCGGCCUCAACCAAAUUGAUCAGGUGAAGAAGAUCAUGACCGUCGUGGGUAAACCCGACAAUGAACUGAUGCUAAAAAUCAACAGCAGCAGUGUAAUGCUGGAUCUCCUAGGAAAAAUUCUGACUUUGGACCCUGACCGAAGACUCACGGCCACUCAGGCGUUGGCACAUCCCUACUUUGCAACCUACCAUGACGAAUCUGAUGAACCAGUGGCCGAACCCUUCACGGACGAACUUAUAAACAAGGAUAAUCUCACUGUUACGGAAUGGAAAAGUGAGUUAUCGUUUUCUUUUUCGUGA